ACAUGGCCCAAUUUUAAGACCCAUGAAAACUAAACAAUCUUUUAGCGUAAGCUUCAGCUUGAACAAGAAGAAGUUUUUGACUUUUUUCUACAAAGCGCGCCAUGAGUAUGAGGAAUUUGAUGAAGCUCCACUCCUUGUGUUUAAGAUCAAGCAACAAGCUUUCUCAUUCUCAGCUUUCAGAAUUUCAGUUUUGUUCUUAUUCAAGCUUUUCCAGGUCUUCUAAACGGUUGAAGAAAUCCCAAGACACCCAUUUGAAGAAUCAAGCAGAAACUAGUACUAGUAGUACAUUUGGCUUACUUUUCAAUGAGAUUACUGAGAUUUUAGGUGGUGAUAAUUUCACCACUGGGAAAACCCAAUCUGGGAACUUGAUAUCCGGAGAAGUUAAGGGGGUAAAGGAAGAAUUCCCAGAUUGCACACAAGGUGUUUGUAGAAAUGCCGAGGAGAGUGUAUUGCAAGAGAAGGACAAUGUAUUGAGUUUGGAGGAUACCCAGAUGGGAAUUUUGGGUGGUAAUGAUGUUAGCUUCGACGUUCAUAAGAUUACCGAGAUUGUUCGGGCAGAAAAUGGUGUGGUUUCGAUGGAGGAGCGGUUAGAAAAUCUGGGUGUUGGGUUUGAUUCAGAGGUUGUUGAGAAAGUGUUGAAAAGGUGCUUUAAAGUGCCAGGUUUGGCAUUAAGGUUCUUCAAUUGGGUGAAGCUCAGAGAUGGAUUUCGUCAUACAACUAGGAUUUACAAUACCAUGUUGUUCAUAGCUGGGGAAGCUGGAGAAUUACAGUUGGUGGAGAAGUUAGUGGAGGAAAUGGAGAAGAACUUUUGUGAGAAGGAUAUUAAGACUUGGACCAUUCUUAUCUCCCUAUAUGGGAAUGCAAAGUUAAUUAGCAAAGCCUUGCUGGUCUUUAAUAAUAUGAAGAAGUGUGGUUGUGAACCAGAUGUGCAGGUUUACAAAAAGAUGAUGCGUGCUCUUUGUGCAACUGGAAAAGAUGACAUUGUGAUAGAAUUCUACAAGGAGAUGGUAAAGAAGGAGAUGAUGAUUGAUAUGAAUUUGUAUAAGAUGAUAAUGAAUUGCUUAGCAAGAUUAGGAGAUAUGGGUGCUAUUCACUCAGUUGCAGAAGACAUGAUGAGAGUUUGUCAGACUCCAGAACACAUUGUUUAUGGAUAUGUGCUGAAAAGUUUGUGCAUUUCUGGGAGAAUAAGAGAAGCUUUAGAAUGGAUUCGUGACCUCAAAAAUAAAGACGUAACACUUGAUGCUGAAUACUUUGAGACCUUGGUGAAAGGACUGUGUAGGGCUGAUAGGAUUGCGGAUGCUUUGGAAAUUAUUGAUAUUAUGAAGAAAAAACAUCUUAUUGAUGGGAAGGUUUAUGGGAUUAUCAUCAGUGGGUAUUUAAGGAGAAAUGAUGUUUCUAAGGCACUUGAGAUGUUUCAAAGCAUGAAAGAGUCCGAGCAUUUGCCUAUGACCUCUACUUAUACAGAGCUGAUGCAGCGUCUCUUCAGGUUGGGUGAGUAUGAAAAAGGCUGCAUGCUAUAUGAUGAGAUGCUGGAAAAAGGAGUGGAGCCAGAUACUGUGGCAAUCACAGCCAUGGUUGCUGGUCACAUCAGCCAAAACCAUAUAUCUGAAGCAUGGAAAGUUUUUAAGAGUAUGGAAGACAUGGGCAUCAGGCCCACUUGGAAAUCUUAUUCAGUAUUCAUUAAGGAGCUCUGUAAGAUUUCUAAGACAGAUGAGAUUUUCAAUGUUUUGAAUGAAAUGCGGGCAUCCAAGAUACAUGUUCAAGAUGAAAUAUUUGAUUGGGUUAUAUCUUACAUGGAGAAAAUGGGAGAUGUCAGUAGUAUUGAAAAAAUAAAGCAAAUGCAAAGAAUCUAUGAGCUUUACCCUCAAGAAGGUGAGUCACCUCAUACUGAUGAAUCCAAAGAGCAAGAGCACAAUAUGGAGUUAAACUCUAACCAAUCAGAGGCAGUAAGAAUGGACUGUCACUUGGUAGAACCACUUCCAAGGAAUUAUGAUGAGCAGGAUUUGCAAGAAAUUUGUAGGAUUUUGUCAUCCUCGACAGAUUGGUGCUUAAUUCAAGAAGCUUUGGAGAAAUGCAAUAUUCAGUUCACACCAGAUCUUGUUGUGGAGAUUUUGCAUAACUGCAAUUCGCAUGGUUAUGCAGCAUUACACUUUUUCUCAUGGGUAGGAAAACAAGCUGGUUUUAGCCACACUACAGAGACCUACAACAUGGCCAUUAAAAUUGCUGGACGUGGAAAAGAUUUCAAGCACAUGAGAAACCUCUUCUAUGAAAUGCGAAGAAGAGACUACUCAAUAACAUCAGAUACAUGGACAAUCAUGAUUAUGCAAUAUGGUCAUACUGGUCUGACUGAGAUUGCUUUGAAUAUAUUUGGGGAGAUGAAAGCUAAUGGUUGUAAACCAACUGGCAGUACAUACAAGUAUUUGAUUAUAAAUCUUUGUAGGAGGAAAGGUAGGAAGGUGGAAGAAGCCGUUAAAAUAUUUGAUGAGAUGAUUCGUGCGGGACAUGUCCCUGACAAAGAACUGGUUGAAGCUUAUGUUGGUUGCUUAUGUAAAGUGGGUAGGCUGUUGGAUGCUAAAAAAUGCACAGAUUCUCUCCAUAGGGUUGGUUUUACAAUUCCACUUAGUCAUUCCAUGUACAUUAGGGCUCUUUGUCGAGCUGGGAAGCUGGAAGAAGCUCAAGCAUUGGUGGAUGAGGUUGGGGCAGAAGGAUCUACAUUGGAUCAGUACACUUAUGGAAGUCUUGUUCAUGUACUACUACAAAAGGGACGCAUGGAAGAGGCAAUGACUAAGGUGGAUUCUAUGAGGAAGGCAGGGAUUAAUCCGACUGUCCACGUUUAUACAUCUUUAAUGGCUCAUUACCUGAAGGAGAAGCAGAUAGAAAGAGCUCUGGAAGUUUUUCAGAAAAUGCAACAAGAAGGUUGCCAACCAACUAUUGUUACUUAUUCAGAAUUGAUACGUGGUUACAUGAACAUGGGGAAGGUUUCUGAUGCUUGGAAUAUCUUCCAUCGUAUGAAAUUAAAAGGGCCUUUGCCUGAUUUUAAAACUUAUUCAAUGUUUAUUACCUCUCUCUGUAAGGCAAAUAGUUCUGAAGAGGCCUUGCAGCUUAUAUCUGAAAUGGCAAGUAAUGGGAUCACUCCUAGUACUGUUAAUUUUCGAGAAGUUUUUUACGGGCUAAACAGAGAAGGGAAGCAAGAUUUAGCUCGUUCAGUGUUACAACAAAAAUUAGCUUUAAGAUCAAAACGCAAGUUCUUAACAUAA